CGCCAAAAGUCGUCGCUUCUUGCCCCGCACUCGGCGCUGAACCCAACUCAGAACUCAAAGCGUGCACAACAGUUCCACACAGUUCCACAUCCACAACCCCACAGAGCCCCCAAACGAUCGUGUGAUAUUCCGAAACCCAAUUCGACAUCAAAAUAAUCGAAAUCUAACCAUCUAAUAUAGUUCUACAAAAAAUUCGUGUAAAUCUGUGAAUGUUGUAAUAAAGUGUAAAUUCUGUGUGCCACAGAUCAUGAGAUCGACAAAUCUAUUCAGAAGUUGGAAACUAAGGCCACAACAUGAAACGUAGGAAAAGCAGAAACAAAACGCCAAACGCUGAUUUCAAACGUUCCAGAACUGGAGUCAUGUCAUGGGAUUGUUAUAUAAAGGUUCCAGACUCUUGAACAUAAUUCUGGAUUCCCUGGAAGAUCAAGAGGGUGGAGCUAUGUACAUAUCGUGCGAUGUCUCAAACGGAGGUCCCGUGGAACCAGAGACGGGCUAUGUGCCCAACAAUCCCUUAUUCGGCCUGGCGCUGGACAGUCCGCAGCAAGAGUGCGCUGCAUCCUGCGUCGGCUGCCUGUCCUGCCAAGGCAACACCGCCCUGCCCAUCUCCUCGCUCACCAGCAGCGACUUCGACUGCGGCGGCUGCUUCGAUCCCACCAUCGGCGUUGGAAUCGGCAUCGGUAUCAGCGGCGGCGGUGGCCACAUCCAGAUCAACACCACUCCGCCGGCUAGCAGCAGCAGCAAUCUAACGGGCACCGGUGCAGGUAGCGGCAACAACGCCGGCAACGGCAGCAACAGCUACUGGAGCACCGACGAGAUGGCUUCCACCUUUCCCGGCCUGCCGCCCCUGGACAUUGACCCGCUGCCCAGCCUGUUCCCCUUCUCGCCGUGCGGCGCCUCUUACAACUUCACCGGCAAUCCGCACCAGGCCUCGCUGUCCUACACCGUCCAUCCCCACCAGAUGCUCAUCUCGCCCAACGGUGGCCAGCAGCACGGACAUGGCAACCACCAAUCCCAGCACCAGCAUCACCAGCACCUGCACUCGCAGCAAGCGCAGAACCAGGCAUCGCACGGCGGAAACACGCUCCUCCAAGGCAGCAGCAGCAACGGAGGCGGUCCCGGAAGCGGCUCGUGCUACUAUGAGGCGGGACCCAGUGCCCCGACAGCCGCAGCGGCCAUGUACCCCAGCAUGAGUGUGAACGUGAGCAUGAACAUGACCAUGCACCACGGCUACGGGGCCGCCGACGGCACAGGAGUGCCCAUGCAGUGCUCACAGAUGAACUGGACGCCACCCAGCAGUUCCUCGGCGGUGAAUGUGCUAUACCCGCCGCUGCUGAGUCCCACCCACUACCCUGCCUCGGCCACCUACUCUUUCACGGCGGACUUCCGUGCGCCUGUCCCGACACCCACAGGACUGGGAUCUUUGCCGCCGCUGGCCGUCGGUGACAAGGAGUCGCCGUCGCCGCCUGCCCCCAGCACAUCCGCCGCGCUGGGCUACUAUGCCGCGGGCGUGGGUGGAGGCCAGAGCUACACGCCGCCCCACAAGAGCCCCGGGAGCGGGUACCAGGUGGGGGCGUCGGCAUUGGGGCUGGGACUAUCUGCCUUCGACGACGAUGGGGAGGACAGCACCGAGGAUGGGGACGGCAGCGCCGCCGGCGACUUGAAGCCGAAUCUGUGCCGACUCUGCGGGAAGACGUACGCCCGGCCCAGCACACUGAAGACGCACCUACGCACCCACUCUGGCGAGCGGCCGUAUCGCUGUCCGGACUGCAACAAGAGCUUCUCCCAGGCCGCCAAUCUGACGGCCCACGUACGCACACACACCGGCCAGAAGCCGUUCCGCUGUCCCAUUUGUGAUAGACGCUUCUCGCAGAGCUCCAGCGUCACCACGCACAUGCGCACGCACUCCGGGGAGCGGCCGUACCGUUGCUCCUCCUGCAAGAAGUCCUUCUCGGACAGCUCCACCUUGACCAAGCAUCUGCGCAUCCACAGCGGCGAGAAGCCCUACCAGUGCAAGCUGUGCCUGCUCAGGUUCUCGCAGUCGGGCAACCUCAAUCGGCACAUGCGCGUCCAUGGCAACAACAACAACAAUGGCAGCAGCAGCGGCAGUGGCAGCAACGGUGGUGGCAGCAGCCUCCUCACAUGACAAAAGCCACGCAGUGCAGGCGGUUUUCAGCACUAUCACCCCCCGCACCAGCACCCGAAUCAUCUACAUCAUGUGCACCACCAGCACGCAGCACAUCAGCACCACCACCAGGCCCACGCACACGGCCACUCCCACAUGAGCAACUACGACUACGGGAACUACAGCAUCAGCGACUACACUCCACCCGGCGCCACACAAAACUAUUCAGGGUAUUAUUUCUGCGCACUCAACAAGCCGCCCAAGUUCGAGCGUUUCUACUAGAGCCCCAUAAGACAUAUAGGGACAUACUUAUAGGGAUAAAUAUACAUAUACAGAUAUAGGUAGCAUCUACCAGGUACACACGCCCAGAACAAAGUUCAUGAAAAUGGAACAACGGAACAAUGGCCCAACAGCCAAAUUCGAAUGGUGGAGAUGAUUUAUCCUUGCAAAAAACACUUUUCAUUGGUUUCAGCAAAGUCAUUUAAACACAAACUGAACUAAAUAUUAAAGGUAUUCUUGAAGCAGCAUUUGAUGUGCAUUGGAUUAUUCUAACCUUAAAAUUUCAAAUGAGCCACACUGAUUAUGAAUUAUUUCGGAUUGUUUAAUAGAAUAUCAUUACACUGCAAGGGAUAAAUCAAGUAGGUACUUAAAAAGUUGUUAACGGUAAAACAUUAAAUAUUCAAAGAGAGAGAGAGAGCCUCCAAGUGCCGCCCCAGAAUGCAGUUGAAAAUGCUCAAAUUGAUGUUUCUGUUGGAUCGAGGAUAAUUAAGCAAAUAUCGCGACGGAUCCGUAUCCGGUUUAGCCCUAAGUGCUUCACUGUACAUACAUGCAUACAUAUAGACAUAUAUACAUAUUGUAUUUAUUAUAUUCGCAUAGCAUUCAUAUAUACAUAUAGAGUACAUUCGUACGCAUGUAAGGUAGUUGAAAAACACGCAUAAAUCUAUUCAAAAAAAUUAGCCAACGAAGUAGACAUUAAGUCAGAUGGAUACACACUCACAACACAGCAGCACCCAAAAUGAGAAAAUUUAAACACACACAGACACACUUACAAGUUAAUCAUAUAAAUAGUUUUAGCGUUUAAGUUUACAUUUAGGACAGGUGCUUUGAUUGAUCUAAGCCAACGUUUGCGUAUACCAAGCAAAGUAUGAAUAAUAAAUAUCGAAAAGUAUUUAUAAAGUUAUUGCAACACA